AUGGAUAUCACCGACCAAACAGUGCAGAAGAUCCGGAAAUUCGCAGAGAAACGCCAAGAAGCAGAGUACGAGUCUGCAAAAGAACCUCUUAGUGGAACUGCAUUGCACGUGUACACGCGGCGUUUGGAUGCAACCCUGCAAGGGCUUCAAGAGCAAGUCAAACGUCAGCAAGAUGAACUGAACAAGGCAUGUUACGAGCUACGGGAGCUCCAUUCCCUUGAUUUAAUAGAAACGGGCACCGCUUCCUGGGCCCGCAUCUCCCAAGCCCGACGGGCCAAGAAUGCAUACGACUCGCUUCUCAAGUCCGAUGAUAAGCUCCCAGCGACAGACUCAGUGUUGCCAUCACUUCUAGCCAUAGAAGAAACUGCACGACUCGUUCAAGAAACUAAGGUCUCUGUCAUUAUGACCACCGAACAGCUGUCCGUCGAUCGCGAACGUCUACGAGUUGAAGAGGCCAAUCUACGCGACUCUCAAUCAAUCGCAAGCGGACUACGAGAGCGGAUUCAGAGAAUCCAUAAUGCGAACACGAGAAAGAAAGAGCAGACUCCGUCCCAAGUAGCACGCGAGCAGCUCUCCCUGCAGAAUAAGCAAAUUAAAGAACUGGACCGCACGUCCGCGAGCCUCAAGGUCUCGUUGGAUAACUUCAUCGAUGAGACACUUGCUCCAAUGCUUGCGGCUGAGGAUCUGGGUGGCCCGACUGUGGGCGAUACUUUUGAGGUGUCAGAUGCUACGCUGAAGGCGGGUUAUACGGCGCACGGCAAGCCCAAGAAGCAGAAAGAGCCGGCAGAAACGGAGGAUGCAUCACAGCAGCGGAUUGACAAGUUCAUGAAACGCAACGCGGACGAGGCUUCCACAAACAAGAGAGAGACCGCUGCGAAGGAGAUGCAUGGCCUUCUCGAUGCUAUGUUGGAGGCUGACUCCUACAUUGAUUUGGAGCGCGACUCGGCGUCUUCAAGGUUCCUCGUUAGAGCCAAGGUCGCGCAAUUUCACCCUCGAGAUGCACGGCGACUUCGACUGAUAGAUUUUGGUCGCUCACUAGCGAAUUAA